ACAACCUCCUCUUCAGAAAAAGCUAGAGCCUUUGUUUGUGGAUAUGGAUUCAUUACGUGUUGUAUCUGGAUCCACUGUGUUGCCCUGGCUGGACAUCCGGGCCCUGCUCCUCUUCUCUCUGCUGUUUUUAGUGAUCGCAGAUUAUAUGAAGAACCGUCGGCCCAGCAGUUUCCCUCCGGGACCCCGAGCGUUGCCUCUCGUUGGAAACAUAUUCACCGUUGACUUCACCAGGGCCCAUGAGAGCCUGACUCAGUUAGCUGGGACAUAUGGGGAUGUGUACAGCCUGAGAAUGGGCCAGACGUGGAUGGUGGUAUUGAACGGGCUCAAGAUCCUGAAAGAAGCUCUGGUAACCCAUGCAGACAGCUUCUCAGAGCGCCCUACACUUCCUCUCCAGCAAACCAUAACCCACAAUCACGGUAUAAUUAUGACAAAUGGGCCUACUUGGAAGCAGCAGAGGCGUUUUGCACUUUCCACCCUCAAAUUCUUUGGCGUUGGCAAAAAGUCGCUGGAAACUGCCAUCUUGGUUGAAUUUACUUUUUUUGCCAAAGAAAUUGCCGGUCACAAAGGCAGGCCCUUUCAGCCCCAUUUCACCAUCAACAGCACCGUCUCCAAUAUCAUCUGCUCGCUGGUGUUCGGUCAUCGAUUUGAGUAUGGAGACGAGAGGUUUAUAAACAUAAUGAGGAAACUUGACAGGGCUAUUCAAAUUGAAGUCUCCAUUUGGGCUCAGCUCUACAAUUCAUUUCCUGUACUGAUGAAGUGCCUGCCAGGGCCACAUCAUACUGUGCAGCACAUCUGGAAUGAAGUAAAAGACUUGAUAAAGGAGGAGCUUCAACAGCAUAAAAAGAACCGGGACCCCGCAGAACCAAGGGACUACAUCGACUGCUACCUGAACGAGAUCGAGAUGAGUAAGGGGGAUGCAGGGAGUACUUUUGAUGAGGACAACCUGGUGAUUUGUACCUUGGACCUUUUCGCGGCCGGUUCUGAGACCACGUCCACCACCCUGCGCUGGGCUCUCCUCUACAUGGCAAAGUACCCUGACGUUCAGGAAAAGGUCCAGGCUGAGAUAGACCGAGUGAUCGGUUCGUCCAGACAGCCGUCUAUGAUGGACCGUGCCAAUCUGCCCUAUACUGACGCUGUCAUUCAUGAGAUUCAGAGGAUGGGCAACAUAGUUCCUCUCAGCAUACCUCAUAUCACCAACAGGGAUGUUCAACUGGGAGACUACACAGUCCCGAAGGGCGUUACAAUUAUUCCUAAUCUGACUUCGGUGCUGUUUGACAAACAUGAGUGGGAGACACCUUUCACCUUUAACCCAGGACACUUUCUAAACGAGGAGCGCAAGUUUGUGAAGCCAGCUGCAUUCCUCCCUUUCUCCGCUGGGAAAAGAGUUUGUCUUGGUGAGAACCUGGCCCGGAUGGAGCUCUUCCUCUUCUUUACCUCCCUACUGCAGAGGUUUCACUUCUCCAUGCCUGCUGGUGUGAAGCCCUCACUGGAUUACCGCUUCGGGCUCACACUGGCACCAGUCCACUAUGAAAUCUGUGCCACACCUCGUCAAGACUAA